AUGUCGCAUCCUUUGCUGUGGCCUGACCAGACGUUCUUUUACCCCUACGGCAAUGUCGCACCUGUCCUAUACACUCAGGACCUUAUCCAAGAUGAGCCCGCCGAUGUGCUCCUACUUGGAUGCGGCGACCCUAUGAGCAUUCUGUACACAGUACACUCCGACCGACAGAACGCUCAAGCCACACGAAACGUAAUCUUACUCACGCUCCUCGCCCAAGACGAUGUCCACGACAAUCUUCCACUCAUCUGGAACAUAUUCUUCGAUUUCUUCCUUGAUAAACCUUCCCUCUCGCUUCUGUUCGCUCAUUGCCAGCGACUGCUCGAUAUUUCAAAGUCGAUGGAUGCCUGGAUCGCUUCUCCCUAUCAUCGCUUCAUAUCGUUCUGUGACGUCAACACGCUUGCAACCCUCCGCGGAUUCUGGCAGCUCUACCUCCAGAGUUCUACGUCCACAGAACAAGAACACAAGCGCUCCAAAGCCACGUUCGUCUCCGUGAUGAAAGAGACCAUAGCUGAUCCCAGACAUUUCUCCUACUCCCCGAUUCGCUCAGCCGGACCCCUUGGUCCGUUGGCGAUGUUCGCCCUCAUUCGCGGCUUCCAGCGUUUCUGGGCCACUGGUGUCGCAUCUUACGACAAGGAUACACUCGCUCGUGCGCAGUAUGUCAACCCUACGUUCGUUUAUUCCCGCAUGGGCGACAGGUUCAAGGUCAACAAGGGCACGUACCCUCUCACUUGCUUUUUCCUUGCCGAGUCUUUUGCCAUAUUUCGGCUCGUGCACCCUGAGAAGUUGGACUUGGUGGACGAUGAUCUGCAGGACAAUCUCCUGCUGAACGAGGUGAUCCCUGAUGCGAAGAAGCAGUUCUAUGCAUGGUGCACAACCUUCGCCAACGUCCUCCGGCAGGAAGAAUAUCAUGUCGCCACUCCGUCCUAUGUGCCUCCGGUGACCAUGCGGCUCUUCCACGGAGAAGCGCUCGCGUUCUGCAAAGCUUUACGGGUCUACCGUGAUACAAACGUGCUGGAAACGCCUUUUGUGACAGCUCCUUGGAGCAGCUCGUGCAUCAACCUGUCCUCUCCAUCACCGUUGUCUUCCUCUCACUCGUCUCUACCAACUUCGUUCGACGUUAUCGACACGUCCAACCUCACCGACCAUCUUGGGCUCCUGAACAUCCUCACUCACGUCAACCCGCUACUCAAGCGCUCUCCUUUCUCCGCUUUAUACACCGAGACACUCAUUCCUCAACGUGGCAACAAGGAUACCGAGUCUGCAGUUAGAGGUCUUCUCGACCGCGCAUGCUGCGAUCUCGGCGUACUGUCCCUUUUACUUGGCCUCGCGCCCACGUCUUUCGUGUCGGGGUUCACGACGUAUGCCAACGGAUUUGAGGUUUGCGUGCAUAGCAUCAUGAACUGGCAACUGUUGAUGCAGUAUCACGAGCGUCUCCUCUGGCGUCGCCCUAUGCCCGCGUGCGCCAUCGUCAAGACCGAGUCCGAUGGCCUGUGGCUAUCCACGCCAGGGAGCGUCUCGUUCGUGCCCGAGGAGCUCGCGGGCGUUCUACACGGGAUCUAUCUUAGGAUGUUCGCCGACGAGAAUAUGAGCGCGUGCGUUACACAGAGCGUGCACGGGCACUACGGCGACAUAUCGCUCCCCGACGACCAGACGCACGCGUCUACUUAUACGCACUACACGCGGCGCUCGUUCGCCGAGCUGCUUGUGGCCGUUCGCGACCAGCUCUUCCCUUGCACCGGUAAAUGUGGCGCUGACGGGGACGCCGUGCCCAGCGCCGAGUGGAGUCGUAUGAUGAGCACCCUGUUCGAUCUUCUGCGCAAGGACCGGACCAUGCUCAUCAGCCACUACAUCUUCCAGGAUCUCUGCGGCCAGCUGCAUCUUCUCGGGCUGCACACCGCCGAUUUCCUAGAGCCCGACGAUAUCGAUUCACAGCGGCACAUCCGUGGCGCCGUGUUCCGCGGCUGGCGCACCGUCCCCGCGACAGUGUCCGUCGUGCUUGUUGUCCCAUGGCACCGCUUCUCAAAGUCUGUGCCCCUGCUCGACGAGCUCGGGACGCCUCCGCUGCAGUGCGAGAUCUGCGGGCCGACGACGCACCAUAUCUUCCCUUCUUUCAAUAUCGCGUAUGGGACGGCCGUUGACGAGUACCACGACAGCGAGUUCGGCGGGAAAAGCGUGCGAGUUGUCGGAGCGCGGGAGAGAGCAGCAGGCCUGGUUAUUGCUUUCGAGGUGCCGGUGUCGGUGUUGAUGGCGGAGCGUGGGUUGCACGCGGCGCUCGCACUGCGCGCGACGCCGUAUUCGGAGAGCGCGCGGCCUGUGCUCGGGUGGCGGCUGCAUGUCUUCGACAGCGCGAUUGAGGACGCCCGACACGUUCAUAUCGUUGCCCGGUCACCGUUUACUCACGGGGCAUCGAGCGCUGGACCGAGCGCGAUGGGGCGAUGCGUCUCUGGCACGAGAGAACGCGCAGGCAAGGAGUCGGGGCGGAGAUCAAGGCGAAUGGGAAGCAUUGGCGUUAAGACUGACGCAAAGCGCGAGAAGGUCGCUUCGAUGGCAGCGCGAGUGGAUGUUGUUGACACGGGCGCGAAGAAAGCUUUGGCGGAAGGAGCCUCGGUCGCAAUGAUCCUUAUUUCUACUUGCGCUGUGCGUGUCACCUGGCAUGGACAUACUCAAGUCCAUGCUUUUCCUCUCCCAGUUGACUUCGAAAAUACAAAGCUCCGUAUCGCACGCAAGUCAUCUUAUCUCGAGGUCGUCGCACCCGUUGCAACGGCGAUGCGGACCCACGGCGCAAAGUUCCCCGUUUUCCUAACAAACAAAGGGCCCGCACUCUGGAACAUCCCCCGCGUCGAUCUAGACAGCCUUCCUCUCCUCGAUCUCCCCAACGACGAUCGGGUCUCGCGAUGGGUCAUACCUCAUAUCGGCAACUCAUACACGCUUUCUCGAGACUUCACAGUCCUAAUCCGCAAGCAGGCAGCCAACGACAUCGCGGACAGGCCGCUGCUCGACUUGAAGCAGCUGCUCUACUGGAUCAUGAGCGCAUCGUGCGGCGAGAAUGGCCACCACGCGCCAGUCGCCUUGUGCGUCGGAAACCCCUGGGACGACGCCUGCUCCACGCUCAUCUUCGUCACCGGCCUGCGGCUCGACCUCACCUCGCACGCCGUCGUCGCGGACGCGUGGGUGCUCACAUUGACGCCCGCCAUCGCUCAGCGGCUGCCGGACCGCGCGCUGCACAGCCUGGCAAAAGAGCUCGUCGAGCUCGCGUCGGACGCGCGAGACAUGCUGAAGCACCUCUUGCCGGCGGCGACCGAGCGGUGCCGCACAUGGGCGCACAAUGAGAACUGCGAGUACAGAGCCAAGGGCACUGUCCCCCUGACCAACCUAGACAGCGGUGCGGACCCGAUCUGCUCGUGCGGCCGCGGCGUUGGGACCUCGAGCGAGCUCCCGUUCCGCCAGCGGUGGAAAGCGUUCGCGCCGUUUGUGACGCGCGCGGCGCUCGGCCCGCUCUUUCCGGUGCUUUACCUGGAGACGCUUAGGAUUAGCGCCUUCGGAGAGAGCAGAAAGGCGGACACGAUACAUGACGAUGUAUGCUUCUGCGCUGCGUGUGGGAGCGGGGGGAGGGUAGAGGCUUCACUGCAGGUGUGCAAGUGUCAGAGGAAGGACUGGAAGAGGCAUAAGUUGCUUGACGGUCGGGGUACGAUUAUGCCUUGCUAUUGCGUUGGCAUGAUCAGCGACCAUUCAUCAGACGCAAUGCUCGCACCUUUCUCUCUCGACUAA